AUGUCUCCUUAUGCCCAGGCCCAUGUUUCGCCAAAAGGCCCAGGCGAUGCGCGUCCAACAGCUAUGCAAAUCAUCAAGGACGAAAAGGCUGAGAACACACUUGAGGGGGAGGUCAUUGUCAUUACUGGUACAUCGUCUGGCAUAGGUAUCGAAACCACUCGUGCUCUAGCAGCCACUGGCGCGACCCUCUUUCUUACCGCCCGAAACACAGCGAAGGCUCAAUCCGCCCUCGAGGGUAUCUUAGAACCUUCACGCAUGACCAUCGUCGAGAUGGACCAGGAGAAACUCUCGUCUGUCCGGGCCGCCGCUGAGACUAUCCUUAACAAGACUUCAAAGAUCCAUAUCCUUGUCAACAAUGCCGGAAUCAUGGCUAUACCAGAUCUCCGUUUCACAGCUGAUGGGCACGAACUUCAAUUCGGCACAAACCAUCUAUCACAUUUCCUCUUCUACAAGCUUCUAGAACCCGCCCUUCUAGCAGCCGCCUCGCCUAGCCUCCCGUCCCGCGUCGUCAGCCUCGCAUCUUCAGCGCACAACAUUUGCGGUAUCAAUGAUUCCGACAACUACAACUUCCAGAAGGGCGACUAUCACCCUACCAUGGCCUAUGGCCAGUCCAAGACGGCGAAUAUCUACUUGGCUAAUGAGAUUGAGCGUCGACAUGGCUCGCGCCACCUUCACGCCACGAGCGUCCAUCCUGGCGUUAUCAUGACCGGACUUAUGCAGCAUCUGCCUCCGGACGCUUUCGAAGGUCAGGAUCACAUAUACCCUACAAUCAAGAGUGUCGAGCAGGGUGCUGCGACAACGGUGUGGGCCGCCGUUGCUGAGACUUGGAAGAACAGGGGUGGCAGAUACUUGGUUGACUGCGCAGAACCGGAGGCAUACAAGGAAGGCGAUGACAAGUACACUGCACCGGGCUACGCCCCAUGGGCUUAUGAUGUAGAGAAGGCACAGAGGUUAUGGAAAGACUCGCUCAAGAUUGUAGGAUUGCCGGACGACGAGUAG